AUGGCUUUGCGGGAGGGACACAGGCGAGAGCUGGGACAGACAAGCGCAGGUGUCGGCCAUAUGUAUGUGCUGCCCUUGCCUUUUUAUGUCACAAGGUAGGUUUAAGAGUAAGAUGUUUUACAAUUUGAAUUAGGCCUAUAAAGAUGAAAAGAUUUCUGAUUAUAAAUCUUCUCAUUUUAGUAAGAGAUAUGGCUAGGUAGGUUUAUGUGUUUCAGCAGCUAUAUUUUUCAACAUCUAUGGGCUAUAGGCUAUUUUAUGAUCAUCAGUGUUUAAAAAAGUGUUCACACCCACUCUCUAGCUUCGUUUAUACCUGAGCUAGCAUGUGUCUGCUUUGUCCUGAUCUUGUUCACAUUCUGAUUGUGCCCACCUUUUCAGAAAUAUGGUAUUAAAUUGUGUCUCAUAUACAUCCACUGUCAGCAUUGUGACCAGAUUUCCUUUCCUGUAUGCAAAUUAUUUGACAGCUAUUCUUUCAAAAUAAUAUUGCUAUAUUAAUAUACUUUUAAGACACAUUGAUGCCAUAAAUCAAUAGUGCCACCAGUCAAUGAUUUUGGGAUAAUAAUGAUUUACAUGGUUUCACUGUCCAGAUCCGUCUACAAGAUAUUCAGACCCAAUGCAUGCCUGACUACCUCCAGAAGUGGUCAAGAAGAUCUGAUCACAAUCAGAUCACAAUGCGUCUUUUAAUAGUCUACCCUGUCUGAAAAAUGGGGGCACAAUCAGAAUGUGGACAAGAUCAGAACAAAGGAUGCAUGUUAGAAGCAGGUAUAAACGAGGCUUCUCUCUCUCUCUACACACACACACACACACACACACACACACACCUUGUGUGUUUCAGGGUGCGUCUGUGCCCCCUCUGCUCCAGCAUUCUCCCCUGGUGUCCACCAGUGGCCACUUCUCUGUCAGCUCACGCUUGGAGCACGACAGGAAGCCUCAGACGGGGUCCCUGGCCAACACACUGCACCCACGGGCCCCUCCACACUGGAACACACAGUUCCUCAAUGAGCUGGCACAACAGGUGAGGAGAGAGAGAGAAAGCGAGAGAGUGUGUAUGUGUGUGUGUGUGUUUUCAUUCAAUGUUAGCACCCCCCCACCCCCAGCUCAGGGACUGUGGGACAGUGCGGCUGCUCUGCCAAUCAAUGAACUGCAGGACAGCUACAGGGGCCAGGCUGCUCCACAGGGCCCCCUGCUGGACCACUGCAGCACCCUGCUGGUAAAACAAACUAACAAACUGACAGACAAACUGACAAUAAUAUUGGGCAAUAUUUCAUGUUCUGACACUCUGACAUAGGGCCCGAUUCAGAUAAGUACACUUAACAUAGACUUAGGCCUAAGUCAAUAAAUAUGGAUUUAAGUUUUAAAAAAUUGACUGAAGUCCAUGUGAAGUUAACUUCUCUCAAGUAGGAAUAGUGUAUUUGUGAAAUGGAAAUUGUGAAUACAUCUACCUCUCAAAAGUAAACAAUGGAGCCAGUUGAAUGUGUGAGUGGAAAGAUGAGACUGAAUGAAUGUCCAACCUGUAUUCCAAUAGAUGUGUAUAUCUUCUCUCAGGCACUUUAUGGACAGCUUGAUCCUUGUGUCAGCACAGGUCAUGCAGACUACAGGCGCUUUAGCAGGUACCCCUACACCAGAGGAGUGUGAGUGUGUGUGUGUGUGUGUGUGUGUGCAUAUAUAUAUAUAUAUAUAUAUAUAUAUAUAUAUAUAUAUAUAUAUAUAUAUAUAUAUGUAUAUGUGUGUGUGUGGCAGAGGAGGCUGGUGGGAGGAGCUAUAGGAGGACUGGCUCAUUGUAAUGGCUGGAAUGGAAUAAAGCCUCCUCUGGUGUGUGGGUACGUGAAUGUGUGUGUGUGUGUGUGUGUGUUUGUGGCUUCACCACUAGAGGGUGAGUAUGUGUGUGUUUCCUUUAUUUCACCACUAGAGGGUAGUGUGUGUGUGUCCUAUCCCUCUCACCUCUCUUUCUCUCCUCAGGUCAGAGAUUGCCCCUUCCUCUGGUCUGGAAGCCCCUUCCUCCUACCUUAGCCUGACCAAGAGCUCCACCCACAGCCACCUGCCGGGCCACAAAGCCCCUCCUACCAUGUCCUGCCACCCUUGGCUGCCUCGCCCCUCUGUGCCCUUACCCUAUGGAAGGAAACACAGCCUGUACAGGGACAGCUUCCGUGUGCCCGCCCCUCACCCUGCUCCCUCUGGGCCCUCACCUGCAGCCAUCCCAGACUGGGGACGAGCCAGGACUGAGGCUGGGGCUGGGACUGGGACUGGGGCUGGGGCUGGAGGAGCUAAGAGAGGGCUACUCAGGGACAUUGUGGAGGUCCCCAAAAUGUACCUGACAGAGAACCAGGUCUACGGGGGGAACCGGACCGUGCUGGUCUGA